UAUAUGUACAAUGUUUUGUUUAAGUUUCCCAACACUUUUAACUGUGUUUGUAAAUGAUGCAAUUUCAAUUAACACAACGAAACGCCAAAUGUCAUGGGAAGAAACAAUCAGCUGUUCGAACAACCAAAAAGAAAAAUCCGUUUACGUGGAAGAGAUCAAAUAUUUGUAGUAAAUAAUAACUAAAUACAUUGAUUUAUAGUACUUUAGGUUGUUAAAAAAAAUUUAUAUAAAAUUUUGCACAAGAAGCAUUAUGAUUGAAGUAACAGAUUUGCAAAAAAUCGGCAUUGGCCUGGCUGGUUUUGGUGUCUCCUUUCUAUUUUUGGGUGUGUUAUUUCUAUUUGAUAAAGGAUUAUUAGCAAUCGGCAAUUUACUUUUCCUAAGUGGUCUUGCCUGCGUAAUUGGAGUCCAACGUACAUUCCGGUUUUUCUUCCAAAGACAUAAAGUUAAAGGAACUACAGCUUUUUUUGGCGGAAUUUUUGUAGUACUACUUGGUUUUCCUAUGAUUGGUAUGGUUAUUGAACUGUAUGGAUUCUUUGUGUUAUUCAGCGGAUUCUUCCCAGUGGCAAUUAAUUUCUUGGGGCGAGUGCCUGUGUUAGGCUCUGUUCUGAAUGCUCCAUUUAUUCAAAAGCUGGUUCAAAAACUUGGCGGCGAUGCAAAUCGAACGACGGUAUAGUAGAAGUCUACACAGAUUUUCAACUGAGGAUAAUUUUAAUAUUCUAGUUUAUUUCUCCGGUGGCUUAAAUGUAAUUUUGUAUAAUAAAUACCUGUAAGUUUAACUGUACGUUAGAACAAUGUUUGAGGCGUGUUUUUAGUUAUUAAGAAGUUUCUUGAAAACUAUGAUUUUUAAGAAGUUAUAACUUCAAUACAAAUAUUAAUUCGUGUCCUUAUUUCUUAUUUUGUAUGCAUUGUAUAUACCAAAAUUUCCAGUAGAAAGCGCAUUAUAUGCAAAAUAUGUAAACUGAUUUGUAUUAAAAAUUAUUAAUUUUUGAACAAUAUAACAACCAUUUGUGGUUUAAGACAGAUUUAAUAUCAGUGAGAAUUUACUAACAGUUUUAAAAUGUUCCUUUAAGCAUACGCCUAAAUGCAUUUUUAAUUGACAUCUCAUCCGAUUUAAAUUCUUCCAGGAUUCCACUUUCACAUGAAAAUACCCGACUUAAUGGCGAUUUUUGUAUGCUUAAUUUGAAAACGGACAUACUAAUUUGCAAAUUCUGUGGUUGUAACAAAGGGGACGGCGAGUGUGGCAUAUAAGCGACGUGUAUACUUUCUAAAAUAAAUCAAUAAAAGAAAUUAAUGCCAAAUUAUA